UUACAUCCGGGUCUUUGUUGGUUGGCAGCAGUGAAGAUGGCGGCGUCAGGGAGGAGUACAUUAUUAUCCUCCAACAACAGUGGACUAAACAGCACAGCCGAACAACCCAACACUGAAGACGAAGAUGGACAGGAUUUAUGGUCUGCUAUUCUGAGCGAAGUAUCGACGCACUCCAGAUCUAAACUACCGUCCGGGAAAAAUGUGCUGGUCAUGGGGGAGGUGGGUUCGGGGAAGACCACCCUAGUUGCUAAACUACAGGGUGUGGAGGACUUCCUGAAGGGGCGUGGCCUGGAAUACCUCUACUUUAGUGUCCAUGAUGACGACAUUGAUGACCAAACCAGGUGUAAUGCCUGGGUGUUAGAUGGGGAUCUGUACCAUAAAGGUCUGCAGUCUGUUGCUGUGCAACGAGAGGCGCUUGGUGACUCGUUGCUAUUGGUUACUGUGGACCUGUCGCGGCCGUGGGUCGCCAUGGAAUCGCUUCAGAAGUGGGCGGCUGUCGCUAGGGAACAUAUCGACAAGCUCCGGGUUCCCCCGGAAACACUGAGGGAGCUGGAGAACAGAAUGGCCAGACAGUUCCAGGAGUAUGUGGAUCCUGGCUGGGAGGAGAGCGCCACCCAGAGGAGGAGUGAGGAGGAGGAGAACGUUCUGCUGCCGCUCGGCGACAACACACUCACACACAACCUGGGACUACCCAUGGUGGUGAUCUGCACUAAGUGCGAUGCCAUCAGUACGUUGGAGAAGGAGCAUGACUACAAAGACGAACAUCUGGACUUCAUCCAGUCAUACAUCAGACGCUUCUGUCUACAGUACGGGGCGUCUCUGCUGUAUACGUCGGUUAAGGAAAUGAAGAAUGUGGAUGUUCUGUAUAAAUACCUGCUUCACAGACUCUACGGUUUCCCCUUCCACUACCCUGCUCAACUGGUGGAGAAAGACACAGUCUUCAUUCCGUCAGGGUGGGACAAUGAAAGUAAGAUUUCAAUCCUCCAUGAGAACUUCCAAACGCUGAAACCAGACGACAUCUUUGAGGAGGUCAUCGUCAAACCGCCUGUCAGAAAGUUUGUUCAUGAGAAGGAGAUUCAGGCUGAAGAUGACCAGGUGUUUCUGCUCAAGCUGCAGUCGCUGCUCUCCAAACAGCCUCCUGCAUCUGCCGGGCGACCAGGGGAAUCCAGCAGUAGUAGAGGUCCCAGUGGUUCUCCCAGGACCAGUAAUCGUUCAGCUGCAGCCAACGUAGCUAACACCAUGCCUCAAUCAGCAGGUCAGACCAGUGAGGGGGUGCUGGCUAACUUCUUCAACAGUCUUCUGACCAAGAAGGCCGGAGCAUCGCCGCCGGGCAACAGCACACCAGGGACUGUUCGCAAGUCAGGUUCUAAGCUGGGUCUGAGUGAUGUCCAGGCAGAGUUGGACAGGAUCAGCUGCAGAGAGAAUGAUGAGAGCAACACUAACAACCCUAACCCCAGUACUGAGACCAACGAAGAACAGACAUGAACAGACCACCUCCCUCUUCCUCCCCCCUACCUCACCCCCCAGACCAGACGUGAAGAGAACAAACCUCACCCUCCACACCCCAGGCAUACCACAGACCAGACAUGAAAAAUCCACCUCCCCUACCUUACCCACUUCUCACACCCCCAGGCCAUACAUGAAGAGACCAGACCUCACCCUCCUCCCAUUCUCACCUCUCCUGACCUCCCCUCCUCACCCCCCAGUGAGACCACCGCAUACCAGACAUGAAGACACGUCAGCCCUACCUCAUUCCCCAGACCAUACAUGAAGAGACCAGACCUCACCCCAACAGACCAGAA